AUGGCUCACCACUCCCAGACAUACGGUAUCGUUAUUGGAGGAGCGAAUAGGAGGGCUGAAGCGGAGAAGCUUACGAAAGGCAACCUCAAGGCUCUUGUGAUAGAUGAGGCAGACCGGAUUCUCGAAGUCGGCUUCGAAGAUGAAAUGCGCCAGAUCGUUAAGAUCUUGCCAGCUGAGGAUAGGCAAACAAUGUUAUUCUCGGCCACGCAGACGACAAAGGUAGAAGACCUUGCCCGUAUUUCGCUCCGGCAGGGACCGCUUUAUAUAAAUGUCGAUCACCGCAAGGAGCACAGCACAGUCGAGGGCUUGGAACAAGGCUAUGUCAUCUGCGAUUCCGACAAACGAUUUCUCCUCCUCUUCUCCUUCCUGAAGCGUAAUUUGAAGAAGAAGAUAAUUGUUUUCUUCUCCAGCUGUAACUGCGUCAAGUACCAUGCCGAAUUAUUGAACUAUAUCGACCUCCCCGUCCUUGACCUCCACGGCAAACAGAAACAGCAGAAGCGCACAAAUACGUUUUUCGAAUUUUGCAAUGCAACUCAGGGGACGCUGAUAUGCACGGAUGUUGCCGCGAGAGGCUUAGAUAUCCCCGCUGUUGAUUGGAUCGUUCAAUUCGAUCCUCCCGAUGAUCCCCGGGACUACAUUCACCGCGUUGGCCGAACAGCACGUGGCGCAAAUGGCAAGGGUCGAAGCUUGAUGUUCCUACAGCCAUCUGAAGUGGGCUUCCUCAAACACCUGAAGGAGGCUCGAGUCCCCGUCGUCGAGUUCGAUUUCCCAGCUAAAAGGAUUGUCAACGUUCAAUCUCAGCUGGAGAAACUCAUCGGACAGAAUUACUAUUUGAAUAAGUCCGCCAAAGACGGAUACAGAUCCUACUUGCAAGCUUACGCCUCACACUCGCUCCGCUCCGUCUUUGAUGUCCACAAACUCGAUCUCGUCAAAGUAGCCAAGAGCUUUGGCUUUCCAACCCCUCCCCGCGUCGACAUUACCCUAGCCGCCAGCAUGAGCCGGGAUAAAAAGCAACAGGGUCGACGGAAUUAUGGCAGUCAGCCUAAACAUGCGCCGAAGUUUAAACGGAAGGCGGAGGCUUAA